GCCUAACUGAGCGAGAUAAGGGAGAAACUAAUAAAAAUAUAUUCUGGCGUCGUUGCGUCAUAAAUCGUCAAACAGCUGAGUCCAACUAAUAAUUGUGUAGCGGGAAAGCAGUACAUAUUCUGUCUUGGGUAUUCAGCUGAAAUAUUCUGGGAAUAUUAACAAGUCAGAAACCAGAACCUCGAGCCUUCAGUUUCAUUUCAAGAUGUCCAUCAAAGGACUAGUAGCAAUCAUUACUGGUGCCAGCUCGGGAAUUGGAGCGGGAACGGCCAUAUUCUUUGCAGAAUUAGAUGCCAAAGUGGUCCUAGUAGGUCGAAAUAAGGAAAACCUAACAACAGUCGCCUCAAAAUGCUACGCUGCUAAUAAAGAUGUGAACCUGCUCACCAUAGUCGCCGACGUAACCAACGAUUCCGCGAUUAAAAAAAUCAUCGAUGAUACCAUCAACAAGUUUGGCCAAAUCGAUAUUCUUGUAAACAACGCCGGAGUCAUCUCAAAAGGAAGCAUCGAAAACACCAGCAUGGAACAGUAUGACUACGUAAUGAACACAAAUAUUCGCUCAAUUUACAACCUAACCAUGCAAGCAGUUCCUCAUCUGAUCAAAACCAAAGGGACUAUCGUUAAUGUCUCCAGUGUGAAUGGUAUGAGGCCAUUUUGUGGCGUUCUGGCCUACUGCGUUUCCAAGACAGCCGUGGAUCAAUUCACACGUUGUCUGGCCCUAGAACUGGCACCAAAAGGAGUUCGAGUAAAUUCAGUGAAUCCAGGAGUCAUUGAGACGGAGAUUCAUAAGCGUGGAGGCAUGAAUGAAGAGGAGUACCAGAAAUUUUUGAAGCAUAGUCAGACGACUCACGCUCUUGGACGGGCUGGAACCGUCGAAGAAAUAGCCAGAACGAUUCACUUCUUAGCAAGUAGUGACUCAUCUUAUAUCACGGGUGCCAAUGUACCAGUUGAUGGAGGCAGGCAUGCUAUGGUUUCGCCAUAUAACGGAGAAUUUAUUAGUUUUUGAAAAUUGUAUUAAACAUUUAAUGAUCCCACAUACGAGUACACAAAUUAGAUGAUAACAA